AUGAAUAUUGAAAGUUUAGAUUUAUUCUCUUCAGAGUUUUAAUUUAAUAUAGGGCCCAAGUAUUUUAAAAGAAACACUAUUGUAGGAUUAAUCCUAUCCUUUUUAGCUGUUACUAUGACAUUUUCUUAUGCUAUUUACUUAUUUUAUCUCAAUUUUAGCAACUAAAUAAACCCAAAAUUUUAAUCUUAAAGCUUCAUUAAAAAUGAUAGGAUAGAAGUACCUUUCGAUAAUGAUUUAGUUGGGUUUUAGUUUAUGUAUAACUUCUCAAUGAGUAUAGAUUAAUAUUAACAAUCUUUGAAUCAGACAUAUCUUAUUUAUGUUGCUUAACUUUACUAUUAAGACCCUAAAAAUAAUAUUUACAAUGUUAUCGAUCUCGAUACAUUUUAAUGCACUACACCUUAAUUAUAAGGUUUUAUAUGCAUUGAUUUUUCUAAUGUAAGUAAUUAUACUUUUUUGCUUGAUAAUAGUGAUAAUAAUCAAGUUUAUUCUUCUCUUUUCAUUAGUUUGUAUGGCUGCAAUGAUCAAGACUAAACAAAAACAACUGUACCUAAUAACUGCCCAGCCUAAAAUGAUAUUGAUAAUAUUAUAGAUGGAGAUUAAGCAUAUUUUUAGCUGAAACUCAAAACAUAGUAAUACAAUACAACUUCAAGAAAAAUGCAAACUAAUUACAGAAACUUAUAUAAUUAUGUAGCCUCUGCUUAGUUUGUACUUAAUUCUCUCAGCGCGUAAAAAUAAGAAACUAAUGUAGACUCAGGUCUUCUUUUUUAGUAGAGAUAAACUUACUCUUCUCCUAUUUAAUAUACUCUAACAACUUAAAGUUUUGAUAGAACUAUUGCAUUAAAAACAGGAGUAGGCCCAUACAGUAAAUAAAUAUUACUAAUGGAUGAAAUUGUUUAAUAAUUUGAAAUUUAAUAUCCAACAAUCACAGAAAUUUUAGCACUUAUAAAUGCUGUUGCUGGAUUGAUAUUUGUAUUUAGAAUUGUGGGUAAAUUUUACAGUUAUAAGUUAAUAAAAUAAGACUUCUUUAUGCUAAUGCUUCAAAAUCUUUAUUAAGAUAACUAUAGAAAAAUCAUAAUCCAUAAUAAUCUUAUUAAAAACUAAGAAAAUAUUUUUUCUUUGAUUUCUGAAAAAACUGAAAAAGAUGAAGUGGAAGUGGUAGAUGAAGUCUAAGAAGAUUGUAUUAAAAAAGACAUUAUUGUGCCUGAUUUUCCAACGAAACUUAGAGAUUAUGUAGAAAAAAGCCAAUAUCUUUCUUAAAAUAAUAACAAUAACAAUGGUAAAUUUCAUUUAAAAUUGAAUGACUAAUUGAAUGAAGAGAACGAAAAAAUAGAUAGCAAUAGAAUAAUUGUAAACUUAAAAAAGAAUUUUUAAAAUACUGAAGAAAGUGUACUAAAUUUAAAAAAUUAGACCAGUAUAGAUCAUAGCGAUUUUCCAAACUAUGAAAUAAAUACUCCAAAUGCAGAAUCGAAAAGCAAAAAAUUAAUUCUCUUUCAAACUGAAAGAAACUAGUAAAAAGAAUAGAACGACCAAGAUAUAAUUAAAAUUGAUAAUAAAUAACAAAAUUAACUAUCUAAUUAUUAAAAUAAAAUGAAAUAAAAAAAUUUGUAUAGCUGUUAAUAAAUCGGCUCUUAAAAGUAUUUUCUAUCAAGCCCAAAAACAUAGAAUUAGUAGAAAAGUGUGGCUGUUUUCUAAAGUAGAUCCUUAUUUAACACAAGAUAAUCUAAUAAUAUUAAUAAUAGAGAGUCUAUCUAAUAAGAUUUAUCUUAAUCAUAAAAAAAGGAGAUAUUGAAGGAAUCUGCCUUUUAAAAUUUCAAAAGUAUUUAAAGCAAUAGUUUAAAAUAAAUCAUUAAAAAUACCAUUUUUAAAUUCAAGAAAUUUAAAUCAAAAAUAUUUUUUCAGGAGAGAGGGAUAGAUUGUGAUUAUAUAAAGUACAUUGAGUAAGAGGUCAAUAAAAGCUUAGACAUUUAUGAUUUAUACAAAGACAUUAUUUUUUUGAAAAAGGCUAUUAUGAUGAUACUAAGCGAAGAGCAAUUAGCAGCUAUAUAAUUUGUUACUCUCACAGAAUAAUUUUAAAGUUUAUAUAAAAUAUCUAAUAUAAGUGAUGAAUAAAUAAAUAAUAUUAGGUUAAAUUAUUUUGAGAAACAGAUUUGCAUAUAAAAUUCCUAAAUAUUGCAAGAAGAAUAUUUAAAAAAAUUUUUCAUAAAGCAGUAACAAGAAAUAUAACAGUAAGAUGUUAUAGACUAAAGAAUAUUUUCUUCAUUAGUAAAAUAUUGA